AUGUUUCGCGUCAGUAAAGUUACAGAGGAGAGUAGACUAAUUGAAAGAACGAGGCCAAAUUACACACCGCGGACUGUACCUUUCGCGAUUCUUGUGUUUCUUCAACUUGUCGGUUUCCCUGGUUUGGUUUUAUAUUGUCUACAAACCUUUUCUUGCGGGAAGAACACAAGAACUCCUCAUUUCAACUGCGAAAAUGGUAGCUUCGUGAACCACAACACUGCAAUGAUUGUGGAAUUGUCGUUUACUUGCUCAGAGGUUCUCAGCCGUGCAAUUUUUAUCUCUUUUUUUCUAAAGCUAAAAGGAUGGAAGGGCAUGUGGAAGAUUUUCAAACAGCUAUGUAAAGUUUCUCGAAUGUGGCUCUUAGCGUUUAUCUGUAUUCUUUGUGAGGUGCGUCUUGGCUCUAUACUCUACUGGGUACCAGACUUAUCAUCUACAGCUCAAGCUAUAAUUGCUUUGUACAUUCUAGACGCCUUUGCAAUAACAAUUAUAGCAGGCACGCUAUCUUUCAUAAAGAUCUUGGAGUUGGUUGAAGACAAUAUCGAUAUAACAAGCAAAUCUCGCCUCAUUAUUCUGUUCAAGUGUGUAAUAGCGAGCUUCUGGGCUCAAUAUUUUGUAUUUCUGAUUAUCGUUACUUUCCAGUUGGCGUUCGACGUUUCAGAAGUUGAUCCAACGUUUGUGCAUGAGGAUUUUAAGAGAGCUCUAAACCUACUCAGAAAAUCUGCACAAUUUGUGUUCAUGAAACAAAUAAGUGGCCGUCUUUGGGAAGCAUUAUUCGCAGACGAAAACCAGGAACGACAGCGAUCAAUAAGAGAAACGGAACUGGUUGAAACUGGAAUGCUAUACUUGUAUUGA